AUAUUUACGUUUGUGAUGGGUGCACAUGUGCAUAUGCUGUCUGCUGUUCAUGGCUCAAACUUUUAAUUUCAUACUGUGGAUGAAUAUCUCUUUUCAAGAGAAAUAACUAGUAGGAAUUUCAGUGAGGUUUUGAAGAUGUCAAAAUCUCCAACUCUGAAUGUCUCUCUGUAUCAAGUGUGGGAUUCUUUCUGGGAUCAAAAACUGACAUCUUUCGGACAGUCGGAGAAAGUUCCUGAUGACGUAUUACUUGCGCUGCAUUCCAUUCAUGGAUCUGUGCUGGAACGCGCAGUAGAACUCUUUGAUAAAGACUGCCUGACCGUUUUCCGAACAAAAGGACACUCACGAGAAGUAUUACAAAUAAUUGGCUCCUCUGGGAUGAUAUAUACACUAUUCCACAAAAUAAACUUUUGCCAAUGUCAAUCUUAUAAGUUUCAAGUUCUUCUCUACAAAGCCAAUGUCACAUGCAAACAUGUAUUAGCUGCAGCCCUCUCGUAUGCAACGGGCAAGUUUAAAGUGAUGGAAUUGUCAUCUGAAGAUUUAACAAAAUUACUGAUUGAUUCAUUCGUAGGCAGGAAUGAAAUGCAGACCUCUGGACAUCCCUAGUAUGAGAGACUUUAAUUAUUGACAAGGAUUACACUCUAAAAUAGUCUGGACGGUUUCAUAUUUAACCAUGGUAAUUUGGUUUAAAAUACAUGGAAAUGGAGAGUCUGAUACCGAUAAAAAAAGGACUUAUAUUUAGGGCUUUGGAUGCAAGAAGAGCACCUCUCAAAUGCAGUGUUUUAGAAUCUUUGUUGCUAAUUUAGGACUUUGAGUAUAAUGGGUAAUCUCUGAGUUUUUCUUUGGAACAUUGUAAAUCGAAGAAUUCAGUAAGAAUUUCAGUGCAUUGCAUGCAUUCACUUUCCUAACCAUCGCUGAAAUAUGAGCAGAGAUUCUGAACCAUGGCAACUGAGAGGUGGCCUUCUUGCAUCCAGCACCUUAAGGUGAAUCUACAGCGGUGUGUCACAAGAAAUUUUUUCGCGCAGGGAGCACCACUGCUGUGUUUUGAUUUUUUGGUCCACGCUGUUAGAGUCCGUACAGCCCCACGUGAGUCCUUGGGCUUUCAUGAAAGUUAAAGGAAUUUCUGUUAAAAUCGAAGAGUCAAGUUUUAGCUACAACAUUCUUCUGCCUAUGGUACUAAAAAAGACGAGAAAAGUAAUUUCUGGAACUCUGAAA